GAUGGCCCGUUUCUGGCCUACUCACCACGCCGACCCACACAACUACAGCCGCAGCGCAGCGUCGUGUCGUUGGAGUCUACGUCACGUCGGUUCGGCAAUGUUCUAAUUACCCGCAAAUGCGAACUCAAUUGAAGCCCAGAAUGCUCCCUCAAUUGCAUAACAGCACUUGCGCAUGAGUGUGUGUGUGUGUGGGGCACGCUUGAGACCGAAACACACCACACCACGCAGCAGCAGCAGCGCGGCGAAAGGACAGCAACAACGAAAGGCACCGCAAGGCACUGGAUUUCGAUUUUCGCUGCAUUUAAGGAUAAGCCGGUUUGGAUUGGAUUAAAUAAAAGUUGACCACAUCCGCAUCCAGGGGCCGAUAAAUCGCCAGCAUGCAGUUCUGCUGACUAUCGAUAGGGGUGCACUCGAUAGGCGCGCGCACUGCCACCACCAGCAACAACAACAGUAUUCCCCGAACAAUUUUACAUAACUACAAACCUAUAUCGCAGUCACAUUCGUUUCGGUGAUAUGGCCGUGUUCCUGAUCAACGUCUGCAAGUACAAUGGCUGCGGCAUCACAUUUCCAAGCUUGGGCGAUCUGAUAUCACACAUCGAGGACACCCACAUAGACUAUGAUCCAAAGGUGGUCGAACAGAAGGAACAGGCCCAGCCUGCCUGCCUGCCCCUAAGCUAUGUCCUGCGCUUCAUCACCGAGGAGAACCGCAAGGAGGCGGCUGCGGCGGGCAACUAUCUGGCCAGCAACAAUAGCAACACCGCCCCACCGACCACCAAUAGCGGCUCCAACAACACCGGCCAUGGAACCGGCAAUAAUGUGGAGCUCAAGCGUAAGCUGGCCAUCAAGCACCACAGCUACAGCAUGUCCUCGUCCAACCGCAGCACAACGCCCACAGGCAGUGAAAUGGACGAGGAUGAAAUGGUGGUCACAGAGUCAGAGGAUAGCAACGACUCGUGGACCACCGAAGAGUUCAGCUCCGAGUUCAUCAUGCGCUAUGGCAGCAGGCAUUCCGGUGGCGGAAGCAACGGCACGCCUGGCAAUGAGAAACCCUUCGCCUGCCCUGUUCCUGGAUGCAAGAAGCGUUAUAAAAACGUCAACGGCAUCAAGUAUCAUUCAAAGAAUGGCCACAAAAAGGACGGAAGAGUGCGCAAGGGUUACAAGUGUCACUGCGGCAAGAGCUACAAGACGGCCCAGGGCCUGAAGAAUCAUGCUUUACACACGCACAACUCGCAGCCGGAGAGUGUGCUGAAUGCCCAGCUGAUGGCCACUGCCUUGGAAACGGCAGCAGCCGCUGGAACUGCCCCCUUGGGUGGCAGCCAAAGCAACAGCAAUAACUCCAAUCCCCCGCCGCCAGUUAUUCAGCGCAGCAACUCGCCGUCGCAAUCGCUGGGCUCGCUAAGCCCCUCAAGCAUUAGCAACAUGUCGAGCAGCGCCAGCAGUUGCCACGGCGGCAGUAGCAGCCUCUCCAACAACAACAACAAUGGCAACAGCAGCAGCACCACCAGCAACACAGCAGCGCUUGUGACCGGCGGCAAUGGCAAUGUGCUGCAGCAGCUCAGCGCCGGGAACGUGGUCACGCUGACCAAUCUUCCCACCCAGCCGCAGCAACACCAGCAACAGCAGCAGCAGCAGCUCCAACAGAACGGCGGCACUGCAACAGGUAACAGCAACAACAAUUUAAUGCGCAGCACACUCGGUUUAGUAUCCAUUAAAGCCAGCAACAAUCACAAUAAUGGCAACAACACGCCGACUGCCAAGUCGGUUAGCAAUUUAAUGGCAGCCAAUGCAACGGCCAGCAAGAUACUCAAGCUGGCCACCAAUGUGGCCAAUGGUGCCUCCACAGCAUUGGACAUUGUGCAGCAGCAACAAUUGCAGCAGCAGCAGCACAACGGUAGCAACAAGAUAACCAAUGGACAAACCAUUCUCAACGGCAACAAACAGAUGCCCAAUUUGGUAAACUUGGGCAUUCUUACGCCGGCUACUUCGCCCACCAAAAACACACAGACGCUGACCUUCACCACCACCACCAAUGGGAACAGUACCCAGCAGCAGCAAGCUCUGGUGGCCUCGCUAGCCAAGAAGACCAACAUACUGCUGCUGCAGGAGCCCACAACUCCGAGCCAGUUACUGCAGCAGGCUCAGCAUCAGCAGCAGCAGCAGCAUCAGCAGGUGCAGCAGCAGCAACAGCACCAUGUGUUACCCAUCAGCCCUACGAGCAGCAUCAGCGGCAACAGUAGCAAAAGCAGCUCGCCCACGCCCCAGCAACAGCAACAGCUGCUGUUAAAGAAAGGCAAGCUGGUGGAACUGGUGGAGCCCAUGGAUACGGACACGGAUGGGCAGAGCGAUGGCAUUUCAGAGAGCGUGGCGGCGGCAAUUGCCAGCAUAACGGAGAGUAAAGAGGAAAUCGGAGUGGCAGCAGCAUCGGUAACAGUAGCGGGCAUUGAAGUUGUAGGCGCGGGCGCCGUUAACGAAGAGACGUAGCCUAUACUCAAGCAGCUAUUGAUGCACCGAAAGCUGACUGGCCAGGAGUCGCCGCCCAAGCCUACUUAGCGAGGAGAAGGGGGCACGCAAAACUUGCAUUCUUGACUCGGCAGAAUGCUAAAGCUUAGAGGGAGGGGGCGCCGCCAAGUCGUCAGACCUUCACUCACUCACCAAAAGAACCAUUUUUGGAAAGAUUUCCGUAGACUGCUUACUUGCUUAGAGACCAGGAACUUAAGUUGUGUUUUAAUUUUAAACAAAAUUGUAUCAUAUAACUCGACUACACACAGACACACACAUGCAAUCACUGCACUGAUUGUGCAAUAUGUAAAAUUUUGUAUAAUUUAACGAGAGAAUUAAUCACUAUAAUUUGUAUGUAUGACUAUCAUCAUGCUUGUAUUAAACUAUUUACAACGGCUGAUCUCCUCUUAAUUUAAUUAGACUAUAAAUAAAACGAAACGCGAUCAACAAUUGUAAUAAAUAUGCAGCAAGUGCACACUUCAAAUUCA